AUGAACGGGCGACUUGGCAGCUGUGUCCGGGUCAAGGGCCACAGACAGGCCGGUCGCGAAGUCUUUUCCCAGUUGCAGCGAGGAGCUAGUCACGCCACGGCCCCGGAAUUUGUUGAUGAGCGCGAUGUUGAACAGGAGCUGGACUGUAGUUGCGUGGCUAAAGGCGAUCUAGGGGUGUUUUAUCUUGCCAAUCCCGAAGUUCCAGUUGUCGAGCGUAAGGGGAAGACGCGGGAGCCGUGGCUAGAGACACUGACGACGUGCAAGUCCGGAGCCGCUGCCAAGAGGCCCGGAAUGAGCAGGUUGGUCAGCAGGGGAAAUCUCCAAGGCACCGUGGUCGACAUCGGUGGAGGCAGCGGGCACAUCUCGAUGGCUCUAGCCCGCCUGUUUCCCCACCUGAGCUUCGUCGUGCAGGAUUUGGGCAGCGGAAUGCUGGAUGAGGGUCAGAAACUGCUGACGGAUGACGUGCGCGAUCGCGUCUCGUUCGUACAGCAGAGCUUCUUCGAACCCCAGCCUUACCGCGGCGCCGCGGCAUUCCUGCUUCGGCAGUGUACGCACAACUGGGCCGACAAGGACGUUGUGAACAUGUUCAAGGCCGUAGUACCGGGCCUCGAGGGCUCGAAACCGUCGACACCUCUUCUGGUCAACGACAUCGUCAUGCCUGAGCCAAAUACUUGGGGACGCCUCGACGAGCGCGAAGUCCGCGAGAUCGAUAUGAUUAUGAUGAUCAGCUUCGGGGCGAAGCAGCGCACACUGGCUGAAUUCAAAGUCUUGCUAGCGGAGGCCGACUUACGUUACGAGGUCAGCCAGGUCCACGCCACCGGUCCUGUCGGUCUCCUGGAAAUAUACUUGAGACGCUAG